AUGACAAAGCACUGGCCGGAGCAGAGCCGCCUGGCACCAGCCGCUCUGUGCCACAGUGGAGAACACCGCGACCAUCAACUUGACUUCUACAGAAAUGUGCAGCGGGGUUUUCCUUCCUGCGGUCUAGCCCAGCAGCGGCCUCAACAACCAGCUGAGAUGUCCCCCCAGCAACAGCAGCAACAGCAACAGCAGCAGCAGCAGCAGCAGACCUCUGCAAGCACCGGACACCGUGGCGGUGCCACUGGACUCGUGGAUCAAACCAUGCCAGCCCUCUCUUCAUGUCAAGACGGCGACGACGCGAAGCUUCGGGACGUGACGUGGAAGGCUGAACCGGAGAAAAGCGGCUCCAGCAGUGGGAAGAAGAAGAACUACCGGCGGUACCCCAAGCCACCCUAUUCCUACUUGGCUAUGAUUGCCAUGGUCAUCCAGCGGUCCCCAGAGAAGAAGCUUACACUAUCAGAGAUCCUGAAGGAGAUCAGCACCCUGUUUCCAUUUUUCAAAGGGAACUACAAAGGGUGGCGAGAUUCUGUGCGACACAACCUCUCCUCCUAUAACUGCUUUGUUAAGGUACUAAAGGAUCCGGGCAAACCUCAAGGUAAAGGGAACUUCUGGGCUGUGGACCUGGACCGUAUUCCUCUGGAUCUUCUGAAGAGGCAGAACACAGCUGUGUCGCGCCAAGACGAGACUAUCUUUGCUCAGGAUCUGGCUCCCUACAUCCUGCAGGGACACAAGCCGGAAUCUGAGCCGCCCCCUCCUCCGACUGAGUGUGUGACCUCUCUCCCGCCAUUGUCAUCAGGAAAUCCUUCACCGUCGCAGGGCGACUUGUUCAGGCCCAAGCUGGACUCGUCCUUUGCCAUCGAUUCCUUACUGCAGAGCCUGCGGCCAACGAGCGCUUCUGGGGAUGUGGACAGAGACUGCUGGGGUGAGGUGGAGCGCCCUCGGCCUUCGCCGCUUCCACGCUCUCAUUACGCCUCCUCCGCCAGCUCUGUAAGCCCUGCCUCCACCUCUUCUUCCUCCUCCUCCGAUGAGGAAUGGAAAGGCUUGUCCCACACUGGGAAGCGUGUUCCUGAAGCAGGAUCUGAUGGGUAUGAGGACUACAGACCACCGUUGCACAAAUCCGCCAGACAGGAGAGUGUUGCUCCUCCGUGGGAGCUUCCAACCUCCUACGCUAAGUAUGCUCCCCCAAAUGCAGUGGCCCCACCUAGCACGCGGUUUAAUGGAGGCCCCUUAAUGCCGCUGCAUGGCGGACUACCACUUUACAGCUACGGUAGCUCUCCUAUGGCGCCUACCCACUUCAUAGGUCAGUCCUACUGGCCGAUUCUCCCCAGCAGGCGAGUCUCGCUUCAGCCCCGUCCUCUGCUCAUGGACCUGGACAACAUGCUGCAGUCGGUUCCUCCAAAUAAGAGCGUGUUCGAUGCACUGCUGCCUGUUAAUCAGAACACUUACUCACAUCACCAACCACAGAGCCAGUACACCCUGCAGAAUGGAACUCCUCUUAACAGGUAUCAUCAGUACUGAUAGUACUGGUGACACCAGGUAUCACCAGUACUGAUAGUACUGGUGAUACCUGGUGGUAC